AUGGCAGCCUUCAAAGAUGAGCUGCAGUCAGUCUCUGGCUUCGACCAGAGCAGUCCUCACAAACCAAGCACAUCCACCCACCAACAGUCAGAGCGCCUGCUCACCCCUCCAAGCCAGAGCCUAGAAGCGCUUAAAGACAUAGUCUAUGGAUCAACAGCUGGAAUUCUAGGGAAGUUCGUUGAAUACCCGUUUGACACGGUCAAAGUGCGACUCCAAUCCCAAUCCCACGAGCCUGGCGCCGCCCGGUUACAAGGUCCCCUCGAUGCCUUCUCUGCGGCAUUUCGUUCCCCCGAGGGGCCUCUUGUGUCUCUGUAUAGAGGCAUCAGUGCCCCUUUGCUCGGCGCUGCAAUAGAAACCUCCUCGUUGUUCUUCAGCUAUCGAAUCGCUCAACAUAUUGUCGUGGCAGCGACUCCUUCCCUCCGCGCUCAACGAGAUCGAAACCCUCAUGGCAAAAUCGAACUCCCUUUUUCUUACCUCCUUGCUUGCGGCGCCGCCUCAGGAGCGUUUACGUCCCUUCUCCUUACCCCUAUCGAGCUUGUAAAAUGCAAGAUGCAAGUCCCCUUGCCCCCGUCCGACCUCGCCUCGAAGUUGGGCUACACAACAGCCCGCCCUCCCGGGCCCAUGCAACUCAUCACCACAAUCUUCCGCACCCAAGGCCUCCUUGGUUUCUGGCAUGGGCAGCUGGGCACACUCAUUCGCGAAACAGGCGGUUCAGCGGCCUGGUUCGGCUCUUACGAGGGUGUUAAAAUGCUGUUCCUGCGCUCCGACUCUACUCUGAACCACGUAUCAGAUGUUAAGGUGUGGCAGCAGAUGGUUGCAGGAGCAGCAGCGGGGAUGUCAUAUAAUUUCGUAUUUUAUCCGGCCGAUACGAUCAAGUCGCGCAUGCAAACGUGCAGUACCGAUGUCGCCGCUGGGCAGAAGAGACUCACGUUUCUAUUGACGGGUCGAGAAUUAUGGCGGGAGCAGGGACUCAAGGGCUUCUAUCGUGGCUGUGGAAUCACAGUGUUUCGCGCGGCUCCUAGUUCAGCGAUCAUUUUCAGUAUCUACGAGGCGUUGCGGCGAUAUCUUGGUUAA